AUGACUGAAACACUCGAAACACGUUUGUAUAAGACCUUGAAGAAAAAUCCUGAUUUCGAUACGGUCAAACAAUUCAUUUAUGCCGGCGUUGAUUGUAAUCUAUCUUAUGUUGAUCGGUAUAGUCGCACUUUUCAAUCUCCUAUUCAGUUGGCUGUCAAAACUGAUCGGCGUGAAACGCUUCGCCUUCUUUAUAAACAUCGAAAUAGUCCAACAAGAAUUCAACUGAAAAAACAUUUAACUUUCUAUAUAAAUCAUCAUGAUCGAUUGCAAGAGGAGAAGAAUGAAAUACUUUUUCAUUAUACAGUGAGUCGCCUUCUGUAUACUCGUAUAACCAAACAUUCUAAAAUAGUUUUUGAUACUCUUAUUGCUGCUCUUCAUGAUUAUGAUCAUGCUAAAUAUCGUACACGUAAUUUGAGUAAGGGAUCUACGACAGAAAUCUUUCUUCAAUUGCGUAUUUACACUCUUUUUCAAAAGAUCAUCGAAAUGAAAAUCAAUUCCAAUAACAAUGAAUCGACAAUUAUUGAAGAAGAACUUUUACACAAUUUAGAAACAUAUUAUUUUCUUAUUAGUAUUAAAAAUAUUCCAGUGAUAAUAACUAGAGAAAUGAUUAAUGAAACAUUUUCUAUAAUAUCAAUGCAUAAACCACAUUUGAAAAAAUAUUAUCAAUCUAUUGCAGAAAAUGUUAUAAGUAAAAUAGAAAAACUUAAAAUAAAUCAAGAAUAUACAAUUCCAACUGGUUGGAUUAGGCAUGCUGUUUGUGUCUCAUUUCAACGUAUUAAUGAAACGCAUAUCGUUAUUCGAAUUGAUAAUCUAGCUCCUGAUCAUCCAUCAGAUAUGCAUAAAAUAGUUCAUUCUACGAAGGAGUUUAAUAUAACUCAGCCAAAAAUACUCGGCCAAUUACAUGUCGAUCAUUUAGAAAUGAAUUUAAAUUAUUUUAUUUUAUUAAUUGAUAGUGUCAAACGAGAUUUAACAUUCGAAGAUGGUAAAUCAUUAAUUUAUAAUCUUGAUGGACAAAUUAUCAAUCUCCAUCAAAUACAAAUGCGUGUACCAUGUUUUGUUGAACAAGCACGUGCCAAUUGUUUUGUAAAAUGUUUUCACCCUGGUUUUUGGAUACGAGUUGGUGAAAAAGAUCCAAAACUUUAUAAGCGUUUACUGUUAGCAGAAAAAGACAAUGCAAAUUUAUUUGCUAGUCGUUGUAUUGAAGAAUAUCAACAUAAUUUCAACCAUCUUUUCGAUCAAUUCACUACAUUAGUCGAAAAUGAAGAUAUACAAAAUCCACCCUUUCCAAAUAGAAAACGUCUUCAAGAUAAACUUAAAAUGAGCUACAAACAACAUUAUAAACAUCUAUUGAACAACAACAACAUAGAACAUUGUUCUCUCUUAGAUGAUAAAUAUAUUCGUUUACGAUUCGAAAAUAAUAAUAAACCAAUAGAUUUUAAAAAUCUCUUCAUCAAAUCACGCGUUCUAAUGAUUGGAGAAGCUGGAUGUGGUAAGACAACAGUUUGUCAAUAUAUAACAUAUUCAUGGGCUAUUGAAAGAAAAUUAUGGAGUAAUCAAUUCGAAUGGAUAUUUUACAUAAAAAUGCGAAAUUUAAAUUCGAAAAUCUAUCCAAGUCAAUCCAAUAACUAUUUAUUAAUCGAUAUUAUUGAAAAAGAAUGUUUUCAAGGUCACAAACUUGAUGAUUUCGAAAAGCAAACAUUAGCAAAUCAAUUUGAAAAUUCAUCAAAUAUUCUUUGGAUUCUCGAUGGAUUUGAUGAGCGAAUGAUUCCAGAAUAUUUAUAUUCUGUCGAACAAGAGUUAUUAACUAAAUCCUAUCUACUUUUAACAUCUCGAACGUAUGCAACAUAUAAUUUUCCAUACGAUAUUCAAAUUCAGAUUCAAAAUUUUACUGAGACAGAUAUGGAAAAUUAUAUAUCCAAGUAUUUUUCGUUUACUCUUCGAACUACUGGUCGUGAAUGUUGGACAUUUAUUAGUUGUUGUGAACAAUUAAGACAAACAGCACGUAUUCCUGCGUGUCUUGAAAUCAUUUGCAGUUUGUGGGAAAAUGAUAAAGAUAAAUUAGAGUUUGGCAUCAGCAAAGGAAAACUCUAUCAGAAAAUGUGUGAUUAUCUUUUGCGAAGAUAUUUGCUCAAAUUUAAUUAUCUAUGUAAUUCUGCUCUAAUUGGAAGAGAUAUUUAUCAAGAACCUAAUGCACUCGUUUUCGAACAUUUAGAACAUUUAGCAUUUGAAGCAACAAAAGAACAUCGAUUUACGAUCAAUGGACAUGAAAUAAAGAAAAUAGUAGGUCUCCAGUUUCGUUCUGUACUUCAAAUUUUUUUACUUAUACCCAAAACACAAGAUGAUUCUUCUUCAUUACUUCUCGAAAAUGUUUAUUACUUUGUUCAUCGUAGUUUUCAAGAAUACCUUUGUGCUCGUUACAUAAUCAGAAUAUUGAAAUCAUCUUGUUCAACUGAACAAAAGAAAGAAGUAAUUCAAUUUAUAACUCAUGAAAAAUAUAAUCGUCAUAUACGAGAUACAUUCUGUUUAUUCUUCGAGUUGGAAAAUUUUAAUUUAUGUAUCGAUCAAUUUUGGCUAGCUGUCGAGAGUGAACCACGAGAUUUGGUUGGCCUUCGACAUUGUUCUCGUAUUGCUCAAUGGUUUCCUAAGGGAACUUGUUUAUUUUCACUAGAUGAUCAAAGAAAAAUUGAUCAGAGAACGACCGAUAUUAUACUCGCAUGGAUAUCGAACAAAGAUCGUCGAGCUCACGAUUAUGCAAAUAUAUACAUAUUCGAAUGGUUUGCUGAUGUUAUUGAUUAUCAAUAUUGGCUUACAGCAUGGAAAGAAGAUCUUUUUAUGGAAAAUUCAUUAAAAAGACGUUAUUUUCUACCGGAUUUAUGGCCGAUAGAGAAUAUUAACGUUCUUAAACAAAAGUAUGAUAGUAUUUCAACAGACGUCGAAGGAUUACACCAGCUUAUCACAAGAGGACCUACUAUGCAUAAUCUCAAACGCUUAGGUCUUGACUAUAAUUUAUUCCGUUUAUAUACAACUGAUGAUCAUAGUGAAACAGCACAAUUCCUAAAAAAAGCACAGGAACAAGCCAGAAGACGCGAAUCGAUUACUACUCUUGCAGAAUUUAACAGAAUUUUACAAAACUAUAAGUCAUUCGCUAACUUAAACCGCCGAUCAGAAAUACUCGGAAAAGAAACAUGGCCACUGAAAAUCAGUCCAUCUGUGUUAGAAAACAUGAAUAAUGAAACAUUGCGGCUCUUAACAACUUCCCAAGAGAAUUCACUAUUUUUUCGUUAUUUUGAAUUGCCAAUCAUUCCAUUUCUUAUAUUAUAUGCCAAUCAAAAUGAUUUAAAUGAUGAAAUACUUUGUUCACUCAUUGUUUUGAUUACUAUCUCAAGUAAUUAUAUACUUACAGCACCACCUAAUCAAAAGAGAUUGAUUCGAGCUCAUUACAAUGAAACAUUUGCUGAUAUAGAAAUGGAUGAAUAUCGACGAAAUAGAGUCAUUCAUGCAUUCGAUCAAGCUCGUCAUGAAUAUGGAUAUUCUUCUUUUUUUCCACAUGAUUUUGUUUGA